CGCGCCGCCUCUGCCAUGGCCGGAUCCGGCGCGUGGAAGCGCCUCAAAUCUCUGCUGAGGAAGGACGACGCGCAGCUGUUUCUAAAUGACACCAGCGCCUUUGACUUCUCGGACGAGGCGGGGGACGAGGGGCUUCCUCGGUUUAACAAACUUCGAGUGGUGGUGGCCGACGAUGGUUCCGAAACGCCGGAGAGGCCUGUUAACGGAGCGCACCCGGCGCUCCAGGCCGACGAUUCCCUGCUGGACCAGGACCUGCCUUUGACCAACAGCCAGCUGAGCCUGAAGGUGGACCCGUGUGACACCUGCAGCAGACGCAGGGAGCUGCUGAAGCAGAGAAAGGUGAAGACCAGGUUGACCAUUGCCGCCGUUCUGUACUUGCUCUUCAUGAUUGGAGAGCUCGUAGGUGGAUACAUUGCAAAUAGCCUAGCAGUCAUGACAGAUGCACUUCAUAUGUUAACUGACUUAAGUGCUAUCAUACUGACCCUGCUUGCUUUGUGGCUGUCUUCAAAAUCACCAACCAAAAGAUUCACCUUUGGAUUUCAUCGCUUAGAGGUUUUGUCAGCUAUGAUUAGUGUGCUGUUGGUGUAUAUACUUAUGGCAUUUCUCCUAUAUGAAGCUGUCCAAAGAACUAUCCAUAUGAACUAUGAAAUAAAUGGAGAUAUAAUGCUCAUUACCGCAGCUGUUGGAGUUGCAGUCAAUGUAAUAAUGGGGUUUCUGUUGAACCAAUCUGGUCACCAUCACGCCCAUUCCCACUCCCUGCCUUCAAAUUCUCCUACCACAGGUCCUGGGUAUGGGCACAACCAUGGGCAGGAUAGCUUGGCAGUGAGAGCUGCAUUUGUACAUGCUUUGGGGGAUUUGGUACAAAGUGUCGGUGUGCUAAUAGCUGCCUACAUCAUACGAUUCAAGCCAGAAUACAAGAUUGCUGAUCCCAUCUGUACAUAUGUAUUUUCAUUACUUGUGGCUUUUACAACAUUUCGCAUCAUAUGGGACACAGUAGUUAUAAUACUAGAAGGUGUACCAAGGCAUUUGCACGUUGACUAUAUCAAAGAAGCCUUGAUGAAAAUAGAAGAUGUCCAUUCCGUGGAAGAUUUAAAUGUCUGGUCUCUCACUUCAGGAAAGCCGAUGGCCAUUGCACACAUACAGCUAAUUCCUGGAAGUUCAUCUAAAUGGGAGGAGGUACAGUCCAAAGCCAGGCAUUUGUUGUUGAACACAUUUGGCAUGUAUAAAUGUACUAUUCAGCUUCAGAGUUACCGGCAAGACGUGGACAGAACUUGUGCAAACUGCCAGAAUGCCAGCUCCUAACUGAAGAUGUCUGGGGGACUACUGCCUUAUUUACCCUGCAGUCACAGACUUGAGAGCAAUAAAUGCACUUGAAUGGGAGAAUGGAAUUCCUGAGAGCCGUGCCCAGGCACUUGCCUCGCAGUCAGCCUGAGAGCUCUAGUUUCUGUCCAAUGGUAAAGUGAGACUUCACCAUGAUUUUCAGAUGAAGAUGUUUCCAAAACACUGUUUACAGAAUGAGACGUGACUCUACAGAUACCUCAGAGAAGACAAUCGAAGACCGUACUUCACAAUCACAGCAGAGCAUGUGUCAUGAAGGAAGCAUCAAGAGUUCUGUAUUUGCAUUUAAAAAUCCUUUUUAAAGCCCAUUUCUAUCAAGCCAGUGCUGGAAAACUGAUUUUUUAAUGUAAUCUUGAUACCCAGCUUCUGGAAUUUGACACCCAGCUCUCUCUUUUUACAGAAAUUAUUUCUCAGCAGAUUUCAGAAAGUACUAGUAAUUAUCCAGAGUGGAAUAAGCAUGUAUUCCUAAAUGUUUCAGAAAUGUUUUAUUUCACAAGUAAGUCUUAUUGGUAUACUUUAUUAUACUUUAUCAACAAAGUUUUCCAGAUAUUACAGGGUUUUGAAUCUCAAUUUUUGGUUAUUUGUAAUCUUAUCAGAACCAAAUCUUUAUGUAUUGUGGUCACUGUCAUUAAAUUGCUUAGGAAA